AUGGAUUUCGUUGUAGACAAUAGUUGGAUUGUUCCAUAUUCGCCACUUAUUUCCAAAACGUUCAAGACACAUUGCGACGUUGAGUAUUGCAAUUCAGUAAAUUCUAUAAAAUACAUUUGCAAAUAUGCCACGAAAGGCAGCGAUAUGGCGGUUUUUGGCUUCCAAUCCUUCAAUACCAACGAUGAAAUGGCGCGCUAUCGAGUUGGUCGUUAUAUGAACUGCAAUGAAGCGGUUUGGCGUAUAUUUGCAUUCCCUAUUCACAAAUGUCAUCCUACUGUUGUGCAUUUGGCGGUGCAUCUGGAGAAUGGUCAACUAGUAAAUUUCACUGCUUCGAAUGUUGUUCAACGUGCUGAAAUACCUCCAGCGACAACAUUGACCAGUUUCUUUGUGAUCUGCCAAAGCGAUCCGUUUGCACGAACUUUGCUUUACUCGGAGAUGCCACGUUAUUACACUUGGAAUGCUUCAUCGAAGAAGUUUCAACGACGGAAGCAAGGCGAUACGGUUCCUGAUUAUCCGGAUGUGCGUUCUACUGAUGCUCUUGGUCAUAUGUAUACAGUUCAUCCAAAGAAUGGUGAAUGCUUCUAUUUGCGGUUGUUGCUAGUAAAUAUGCGUGGGCCAACGUCAUUUGAGUUACUACCGACUGUUAAUGGUACAAUAUUCCCAAUAUAUCGUGCUGCAAGUGAAGAACUCAAUUUACUAGAAAACGGUACCCAUUGUCCAUCGAACCCAUAA